AAUUACAGGAGUUCAACAUAUUGGGACAUCUGGUUAAACAAAGACUGCUCUAACUUCACAGGCGAUACAUGCACAAAACUUACAUAAUAAUGACGUCUUUAUACCUGAAGAAAUUAAUGGAUCUGGCUGGAAGGAAAGAAGUGAAUUCCAUAACUCGGUAUAUUGCCAGCUUCACAAUGCAGCCAGAGAAACAUACAGCAGUAGCUCAGGUUUGGCUAAAAGCAGUACACGAUAAGAAAGGCUCUUACAGUCGAGCAUUCUGUACAAAAGUCAUUGAAGAGAAAACAAAAAAGAAAAAUGCCAGAGAAAUAUUUGAAAGUGUGGGGAGGAGAAUCCCACACAACAAGAUACAACUAAUUGAUGAGAAUGGCGAAGACAUGGGAGAAAUGCAUAGGGCAAAUGUACUUCGCAUCAUGGAUGAAAGAGGGAUGAAUCUUGUCCUGUUGUCUGAGAAAACAGAUCCACCCAAGUAUAGACUAAUGACAGGAAAACAAAUUUAUGAAGAGCGCCUCAAAAUUAGAGAUGAGAAAGCCAGCCCCAAAGCAGGGCCUGUUCAACAGAAGAUCAUUAAAAUGUCCACAGUUACAGAGCAACACGAUUUCAGUACAAAAGUAAAACAAAUUCAAGAAUGGAUUGACAAGAAGUACCAUGUGAAAAUUAUGCUGCAUCAAAAAUCUAUUUCAGAUGGACCUGAAAAGAUGACAUGCAGAGGGACAAAAUAUUGGAAUCAUCCAACAUACACAUCCCAGCUGAGGUUUGAGCAUUCAUUAAUUCAGUAGUCGGGGCAAUUUUAGAGAACAUGACUAUCAUGAAUAAGAAUUGCCUGUACAACCCUUCCACAAGAGAAUCUUACUAGUUAUUAUACAGUUGCAAAAGAUUUGUAUCAGAGCAGAUAAUUUCAGAUAGAUUGAUCCAAUCAGAACUAGUACAUUGGGUCCAGAUCUGGACCAAAGUUGAAUUAUUCCAGAUAUGGACUGAAACACAGCUUUUACAUGCAAAAAUAUUUUGGAGAAAUAAUGAUUGGAAACAGCCAAAGACAUUGGUGAAGGAAAUAAAGGAGGAGCUAGGAAGAUCAUGGAAGUAUUUGGGCUAUUGGGACAUAUCAUAUUGAGAAAAGGGUAGAGAGGGCACAAUGGGCUGAUGAAGCCUGACCUACUUGCCAUAAAAUCAUUUCAGGAUCUCUGUAAGCUUUGUUCAGACUUAAGAACAAGAAAAUCUAUAUUUUGUUUAGCUGAGCCCAGAAGUACAAAAAUGUUCUGGAUUUUGUUUUGACCAAACCAUGACUUAUUCAGAGAAGUUCAGGAGAACUUCUGGAAUGCAGUGUGUUUCAUGUUCAAAAUUAUAUAUUUGUUCCGUUUUUCUAAGCUCCUACUAGUUAAGAAUGUGACUUACUUUUUUGUCCAACCUUUUCUUAUUAGGAUCGUGUAGUACCAUGUGCCUUAUGAGGCUUUGCUGUAAAGAAUAAAAAUAUUUUUAUGACCUGAAA